AACUAAGUGUAACGAGUUGGGGCUGCCGGCGCCGCGGUCCGGCCAUGGCUCCGCAGCGCGGGGCGCCCGGAGGCGGCGGUGAGCGGCGCCCGCUGCCCGCGGAGCCCGCCGGCAGCAGCGGCAGCACCCAGGGGCUGCCCAGAGCCUUCCUGCAGAGCCUGCGCACCCUCUUCGACAUCCUGGACGAGGACCGGCGCGGCUACGUGCACCUGCGCGAGAUCGAGAGCCGCUGGCGGCAGCAGCCGCCGCCCCCGGGAGGCGAGGGCCGGGAGUCGCCGCGGAGCGUCCUGGAAGGGCUGCGGAGGGCCGCCCCGGCCAGCGGCUACCUCACCUUCGAGCGCUUCGUGCUGGGCUUGCGCGCGUCGCUGCUCAGCCCCGAGAAGAAGAGCCCGGCUGGCGGCGCCCCGCCGGGCCCUCCCUCGAGAAGCAGAAGGGACGCCGAGGCCCCCCUGGCCGAGAGGGCGCCCGGGAGGGGCUGCGCGCCGGCUCGGAGCCUGGAGAAGAUCCCCCACCUGCUUGCGGAGCAAGUGCCCGCCUGCAAGAGGGCAGGAGCAGAUGCUGGUGGCCGGAAGCCAGCGGGACGGCUGCAAAACGAGGGUACUUCUAAAGCCGGAGCAGAGGGACGGAGACCGCCAAGAGGCCGCGGCGAACAUCGGCGGCACACCAUCACCAAUGGUGUGGAUUACUGCCUGCUGAAGCAAAUGAAGGAGCUGGAGAAGGAGAAGGAUUUCCUGUUCCAAGGGCUGGAGAUGGUGGAGCGGGCCCGGGAGUGGUACCACCAGCAAAUCCUCCUCCUCCAGGAGCGCCAGAAGCAGCUGGGCAAAAGCAAAGUCCACAGCGACUUGCUGGCCGAAGGAGCUCCCAGUCAGCUCGGCUGCCUCCUGCCCAAACUGCAAGAGCUGAACCGCUGCCUCUGCGAGCUGCUGUCUCUCUCGGCAAAGCCCCUGAGCCCCUGUUCCGCUGACCCCGGUGGCCAGGCUUGUGGUGCUGUGUCCUCCCCGCCUCUAGCCGGCGCUCAGCAGACCAUCCAGAUGCUGAAGGAUCAGAACCGGCUUCUCACCAAGGAGGUGACGGACAAAAGUGAGCGGAUCACGCAGCUGGAGCAGGAGAAGUCGGCGCUCAUCAAGCAGCUCUUUGAAGCGCGCGCCCACGGCAGCCACGAAACCAACCUCCUGGAUUCCACCUUCAUAUAGCCCAGCUGCUUGGAUCGGGAUGGGCCGGCAGGCGUGCGCUGGGUAACCUCCGCCCCAGCAAGACUGUUUCUAGUUCCAAGGCAAGUGGCAAGGCUCUGUAUUGGGAUUUCGCUCUUCGUAUUUGACGAUGGACACACGCUCCUUUUCCCGGUCCCUUGAAACGCAGGUCUGGGUUCCUAGAGCCAACCAUAGCGGCAGGUUUGGUGUGCUUGGUGCUUCGCUGCCCCACCACCACCACCACCAAAAAAUAUGAGGCUUAUGUGAUUUCUCCAUCCUGCCCCUUGAUGCCAUUGCACGGAUCAUGGGGUGCAGAGUUUCAGUAUCGACACUCCAAAUGGGGGGACCUUGGGCAUGAUCCUGCUUGCCACAUCCCUAGCAAUGUGGCGGCUUCUUUGAUGCGAGGAAGGAACUUGCUGUGUUUAUCUCUAGAAUAUCUUUGCAGCCAGCACUCCUUAUUUUGGGCAUGACCCGGGCUCCACACUGAACCCUCGAAACCGUCCCAGUCGUGAGCAUCAAGUGCCAGAAAUGAAGUCGAUCCUUUUUGCUCAAAAGUUGGGUGUGUUUGGUUUUUCCCUCUGAGCCUUGGAGGGUGGAUUUUUUAAAAAGUGUGCUUCUAGGCAUAUAGAGAGUGCUCCCCCUCUGCUCAGUAUUCAUCUGCUGCAGCUGGGUGUUGGGCCGUUUUGAAACUUCACUCUCCACCCGAUCCUCUUGGUCUGUCUCUGCUGUCAAGUAGUCAGCCUGGUUCAAGGUUCCCUGCCGAGACGGAUGUCUCCAACACGGAUGUCUCCAGAUCUCGUGGCAACAUGAGUCUUCCGUGGUCACCUCUGACACAGUCAGAACUGGCCAACUGGUCCCUCCAGACAACACCAGGCGCGUGACACGGACUUCUCUGACCUCUGCAACCAGGACUCCUGCCAGGAUCCGAAUUUGGAGCAAGGUGCUGUCAGAUCAGAGGUGCUCUGGCAUCCCUUCUCUGCUCUUGCAAGAUCCUCAAUGAUUCCCAAGAAGAUGCAAACGCUUCCAGGCUCUGAACUGGGCGGACGCUGACCCAAAGGCACUUCUGCUGGUGUUCAUUUGAGCGGCAUAAACCCCUCUUUGCUAGUACACGGACUCAACACACCAUAUUUUAAAGCCAUGUUUCCAGCAGGGGGAGCUGUGAGACCACCGUAGAAUACAAAACUCCUUUCUGUUUGCAGUUUUCUUCUUCUCCAGCCUGUCUUCUUUCAAACACCUUCCUGCCUCCUUCAGCCUCCUUGCCUGUGGCUUAUGUGACUUUUUUUUACCCCACCAAAUUUAACUUCCAUAAUAACUGCACUGAGAGCCACUUAAUGGCACAGUGGGGAAGCAACCUGCCUAGAGAGCAGAAGGCUGGUGGUGGUGUGUUUCCCAGAAUAGGGAACUCCUAUAUCAGGCAGCAGCGAUAUAGGAAGGUGCUGAAAGGCAUCAUCUCAUACUGUGUGGGAGAAGGCAAUGGUCAACCCCUCCUGUAUUCUACCAAGAAAACCACAUGGCUCUGUGGUCGCCGGGAGUCGACACCAACUUGACGGCACAACCUUUCCAUUUUCUCCUUUAAUAGCUGCACUGUUGAUCAACGUUCUGAUGCUGACACUUACACUCCAAGCAGCUAGAAAUUUGUGAACGCAGGACAGCAUCUGCUGUUCUGCCAGUAGCAGGAAUGGGAACUCAAACACAGCCUCCAAUUGGUUGCUUUAUAUAUAUUAUAAUAAUAAUAAUAUUAUUAUUCCUCUGGUUGGUACAGAGACCAGUCAUCUUAAUAUACAAUGUUUAUUUGACUUUCCCCCCCUCUUUCUUUACAAGAUUCUGAGAUACUGCCCUGAGCAGUAGAGUACUGGGAGGGUGGGAUAUAAAUAUUUUAAAUAAAUAAAAAUAAGACUGAGGAUUCCCAAUGGGUGAGGUAGAGAUCUACCUAUCUUACAUUUUCGGUACAAGAUCUCUUCCCAAUGUGCAGAGGGGUCUUUAACUCUUUGGUCUCCGAAUUCCUUUGCGGGCAAGCUAUUUCGUCCCGUAGCACAAAGGAACUAUGUGAUUAUGUGCGAGGGAGACUCCCUGUUCUCCGGCUGCUAUGGGCAUUUGCAUCCCAUGGGCAUUUUCAACCCCUCUCCUCCCAAAUAUGUUUACAGUCUGAAAUCCUGUAUGUAGUUUUGACCCUGUAUGUUGCAUUUUAAUCUGUUGUCCGUUUGUGUGUGUUUUUAAACUACUCGUAUACAUGUUUGUUAUCAUGGCGUGUUCUUAAUUUCUCCCCCAAAUAAAAGCUGAAAUGAG